UGCGCGCGAACUCUAAGUGCGAGGGUCCCAGGGUUUGAGCUGUGCAGAUUCCAGGGAGACUUGACCACACUACGGAUCCAGACUCGUUCAUCACCCCGCCAUGGAAACCUCAGCGCACAGGCAGCAGCAGCCCUCGGCGUCCAAGAUCAGGAACCUGCCCUGGGUUGAAAAAUACCGGCCACAGACACUGAAUGAUCUCAUUUCUCAUCAAGACAUUUUGAGUACCAUUCAAAAAUUUAUCAGUGAAGACCGACUGCCACACCUACUUCUCUAUGGCCCUCCGGGGACAGGAAAGACAUCCACCAUUCUAGCCUGUGCAAAACAGCUGUACAAAGACAAAGAAUUCGGCUCUAUGGUCUUGGAGCUGAAUGCUUCAGACGACCGAGGAAUAGAUAUCGUUCGGGGACCAAUCCUGAGUUUUGCUAGCACAAGGACAAUAUUUAAGAAAGGCUUUAAAUUAGUGAUACUGGAUGAAGCUGAUGCCAUGACUCAAGAUGCCCAGAAUGCCUUGAGGAGAGUGAUUGAGAAAUUUACUGAAAACACCAGAUUUUGCCUCAUCUGUAACUAUCUAUCAAAGAUCAUCCCCGCCUUGCAGUCUCGCUGUACACGGUUCCGAUUCGGUCCCCUGACUCCUGAACUCAUGGUUCCACGCCUGGAACAUGUUGUAGAAGAAGAGAAAAUCGAUAUAAGUGAAGAUGGGAUGAAAGCACUUGUGACUCUUUCUAGUGGAGAUAUGCGACGGGCUCUGAAUAUUCUGCAGAGCACCAACAUGGCCUUUGGGAAAGUGACAGAGGAGACUGUCUACACCUGCACAGGGCACCCACUCAAGUCAGACAUUGCCAACAUUCUGGACUGGAUGUUGAAUCAAGACUUCACCACAGCCUACAGAAAUAUCAUGGAGUUGAAAACUCUGAAGGGGUUGGCAUUACAUGAUAUCCUGACAGAGAUACACUUGUUUGUGCACAGAGUUGACUUUCCAUCUUCAGUUCGAAUACAUUUAUUGACCAAAAUGGCAGAAAUUGAGUACAGACUUUCUGUUGGCACCAAUGAGAAGAUUCAGCUGAGUUCCCUCAUUGCAGCUUUUCAAGUCACCAGAGACCUGAUUGUCACAGAGGCCUAGAUGCUGACAUAAGAUCAUUUGCUACAAUUCUGAGGCCCAGCAGUGACUAGAGAACAGGAGACUUGGUUAUGGGAUGAACUGCCAUGUGGGGUCAGACUUACAUAAAGUACCUUGUUUGUGGCUGUCUGAAGCAGAGAUGUACAAAAAAUUUUAACACACAGCUGUCUUAUUGCACUGCCCACUUGUGUUUUGUAGGAAGAAAAAAAAGCAAACACCUUUAUUUCAACCUUCAGGCUUUUUCUCUUUUGUUGCUUGGAUGACAGGAAGUUAGCCUACCUCAUUUUAUUUCGGACACUAAAGCUUUCAAGUCUAUAUGGUCUACGUCUUCCAACUCAAGAUAAACAGAACAUCUCCAAAAUCAAGUAUAA